AUGGCAUGUGUGGUGUGUCUGUUGGCUGGCGUCGGGCUGCACGCUGUUGUGUUGCCGCGGUUGCGUGGAGACAGCGCCGCUGGUACCAGCAUUGAGGGCAGCGAGCUGCCACAGGAGGACCCUCGUCGCAUGAGCAGCCAGGAGCAGCCGGAGCCGUGGCGACCUGUUCCAUUGCACCAGUGCGCAGACACGAGCUUGGCUGUGCUGUUCACCUUCCAUGCAGGCAAGCAACUCGCCGAUGCCGUGGCGUUCCUGCAACAGCUGCAGGCCAUGAAGCCAUGCUUUCACACCCCAGCCACACUGAUCAUCUUCACCGAGACGGAGCAGUCCAAGCAGCUCGCGGUUGACGAGCUCACGGAGCACUUGAAGGCGGAUACCAUCACAGGCUGCUUCCCAGAGGUGGAGUUUCGUUCAGCACAGCUGACACCAGCCCAGGACACGUAUCCCAAAGGCGCUUCUCUCCAGUUUCACGCAGCCCUUGACCAGGUGCAAGGAAGGUUCGACUACACGCUACUCAUUGAGCCAGAUGUCGUCGUACUCCAGCCAGGCUGGCUUGAUGCCAUGUGUGACGUCGUUUCAACACACGCACGCCUCAUUGGAGAUGAAGAGGGGCCUUGGGUGAUUGGAUCAGUGCCGCGCGCGCCAAAGGUCCGGUAUCCACGACCCGUUAGCCAUCGCCUUCAUCUCAACGGCAACGCCAUCUACAACACUCGCAGUGCCGUGUUUGCGGGCGUCCGCCACAGCGUUCGCACCAACGCGUUCCAGAACACACAGGAUAAAGGCGAACUUCGGUCAUACCAGGCAUCAGAUACGGGGCGGGCAUAUGAUGUGGACUUUGCGUCGUUCCUGUUUCACUCCAAACACUUUGACUUUGUUCAGCAGCACUACCAUCGUUUCAUCGCGUCCCCAUUUAUCCAAAACUGGUGGCGUGGCAAGUGGUCUGCAAGUCACAUCCUUGAAGAGUCGCCACAAACGUUCCUCGUGCACGGCGGCACCAAGAUCCAAUCAUGA